AUGGGUAAAUCUCGUGGUUACAGAUCAGGUACUCGUUACGCUUUCCAACGUGACUUCAAAAAACAUGGUACUAUUCCAUUGUCUACUUACUUGAAGGUUUACAAAGUUGGUGACAUUGUUGAUAUCAAAGCCAAUGGUUCUAUCCAAAAAGGUAUGCCACACAAAUACUACCACGGUAAGACUGGUAUUGUUUACAACGUUACCAAAUCCUCCGUUGGUGUUAUCAUUAACAAAGUUGUUGGAAACAGAUACAUUGAAAAGAGAGUUAACUUGAGAGUUGAACACGUUAAACACUCUGCUUGUCGUCAAGAAUUCUUGAACAGAGUUAAAUCUAACGCUGCUAAAAAGAGAGAAGCUAAAGCUAACGGUGAAACCGUUUACUUGAAGAGACAAGCUGCCAAGCCAAGAGGUUCAAGAAUCAUCUCUACCGAAGGUAACGUUCCUCAAACUUUGGCUCCAGUCGCUUACGAAACUUUCAUUUAA